AUUCAUUUUAUGCUGCAAUUUAUUUGUCUUUCUUCUCAUAUUUGUUGAUUCAGGGCCAUUCAAAUGUCUCUAUUCAAUAUCAUAUCUGAAUUCUGUUUUUCCUCAAUUUAUAUAUAUGUUUCAUAUGAUGAUCAUUCCUCUUAUAUCUAUUGACGCGCAUUUGAAGUUUCUGUCAUUGAUAUCUGCAUGUUCAGGUGUUCUCGGAUGAUUAGUGGUUUUCGAGCUGCAGAAUGAGUAAAAAAUUACAGGAUCUGUUGCUUCAGAAAGAUAACCGUGUUUGUGCGGAUUGUAGUGCUCCAGACCCCAAAUGGGCGUCAGCUAAUAUUGGAGUGUUCAUAUGUUUAAAAUGUGCUGCAGUGCACAGAAACCUUAAAAGUGGUACUUCAAAGGUUUUGUCUGUGACCUUAGAUGAAUGGUCCGAUGAAGACAUUGAUCAUGUAGUUGAAUGUGGAGGAAAUGCCUUUGCGAAUUCCAUUUACGAGGCAUAUUUCCCUGCAGGAGUUUCAAAACCUGGACCAAGUGCUAGUAAUGAAGAACGUUCAAAGUUCAUAAAGUCUAAGUAUGAGAGUCAGGACUUUCUGAAACAGAGCUUGCGGAUCUCGUCAACUGGAAAGAGCUCUAUUCAAUCAAGUUUUUCCAACAAGAUUAUGAACAGUUUUCGAAGUUCUUUUAGUUCAUCACAGAAAUCGAAAGGGGCGCAAUUUAUUGGACUAAUAAAGCUUAAAGUUAUCCAAGGAAAGAAUUUAGCUGUGCGAGAUAUGUUCUCAAGUGACCCUUAUGUUAUUGCGCAACUGGGCAUGCAGAAGGUGCAAACCACUGUCGCUCAAAGCAACCUGAAUCCAGUUUGGAACGAGGAAUUAAUGAUUUCCAUUCCAAAAAGCUAUGGGGCCUUAAGAUUGGAAGUUUAUGACUACGAUACAUUUUCGGCUGAUGACAUAAUGGGGGAGGCUAAUGUAGAUCUUCAACCAAUAAUAAACUCGGCAAUGUCAUAUGGCGAUCCUAGUAUGUUUGGUAACAUGCAGAUAGGAAAAUGGGUGAAAGCGGACAACAAUCCUUUGGUAGACGAUAGCACAGUAAAUAUUGUUGACGGGAAGAUAAAGCAGGACAUGACACUGAAGCUACAAAAUGUAGAGUCUGGAGAAUUACAAAUUGAACUAGAGUGGAUGCCUCUUGAAUGACAAGGUUGAACGAUGAGGUAUAAUGUACAUUAACUAAUUAUCUUUUCAUACUUUCAAAGAAAGGUUGGAUCAGUUAUUUAUACAACAAAUGCAGAUUUGCAUAUAUAUAUUUUUUUAUAACCAUGUCUGCAUGAGCCGGAUAUAUCAUGUAAUAUUUGUUUUGCUCUUUUGGAUCUGUUUUUUUCUGUUUAAGAAUUAGGUCUCGAAAUUCUUCUAGACCUCUCAAAAAUAAUAUCCCAUUCUUGAUCCAUGGUCGUAUGGACAUGGUUCUA